AUGACGGAAUCAAAUUUAGUUAUAUCACGCCUGCCAUCUACGUCUGAUCUGGAAGCAUCGAGACAUUCUGAUUCAGAAGAAGAAGAAUUAAUUGUUGAUGAUAUCGACGAGGAGGAGGAGGAAGUCGACGGCGAGGAUUACGAAUCAAAAUCAGAAGAUAGUAUCGGUGAUUUAAGUACAAGUUUUGACAGAAAUAGUAAAAAACAGAGAAGAAAUCGAACGACAUUUUCUGCGGAUCAAUUAAGAGAAUUGGAGACAGUAUUUCAACAUACGCAUUAUCCAGAUUGUACAUUACGAGAACAUAUUGCAGAUAAAGUUGAUUUAACAGAAGCCCGAGUUCAGAUGUAUUGA